GCCACUGCGUCAGCUCUGUGUACAUGAGCCGGGUUGAAGAUGGCGACUGGAGGAGUCCUUCAGAGAGUCAGCGGAGGUUUGGCCCGGGUUACAGGCAGCAGGGCCCGCGGCUGCGGACAGCUCGUCUUCUGGAGCAGGAGGGGGUUUGCAACAUCAAAUAGCAGAAACAGAGAGGACAGCUGGUUCAAGUCUCUGUUUGUGAGGAAAGUUGAUCCACGCAAAGACGCACACUCCAACCUGCUGACCAAAAAUGAGGAAAGUAACCUCUACAAGAUUCAGUUUCAUAAUGUGAAGCCAGAGUGCCUGGAUGCAUACAACAAGCUGUGUGAGGAUGUUCUGCCCUCCAUCCAUGCUGAUAAGUACUACCCCUGUGAGCUGGUGGGAACCUGGAAUACCUGGUAUGGAGAACAAGACCAAGCUGUUCAUCUGUGGCGUUACAGAGGUGGAUACCCUGCUCUGACAGAGGUGAUGAACAAGCUCAAACAGAACAAGGAAUUCACAGAGUACAGGAAGGCGCGAGGCGAGAUGCUGUUGUCCCGCAGGAACCAGCUUCUCCUGGAGUUCAGCUUCUGGAACGAGCCUGUACCCCGAGAAGGUCCUAACAUCUAUGAGCUCCGGUCCUACCAGCUCAGGCCAGGAACCAUGAUCGAGUGGGGUAAUUACUGGGCCAGAGCUAUAGGAUACCGCCAACACGACAGAGAAGCCGUGGGAGGGUUUUUCUCACAGAUUGGCAACCUCUAUAUGGUUCAUCACCUCUGGGCUUAUAAAGACCUUCAGUCCAGAGAAGACACUAGGAAUAAAGCCUGGCAGCACGAAGGUUGGGACGAGGUGGUGUAUUAUACAGUUCCACUCAUUCAGCAUAUGGACUCCAGGAUUAUGAUCCCGACAAAGGCGUCCCCACUGAAGUGAAAGGAGAGCCAUGAAAACAAGUGGCACCCCCUCAAAUGAUAACAUCCAUCCAGAGCCAGGGUUCCAGCUUCCUGUCAGUGCUGCAGGACAACAUCCACUCACUUUUCUUCUCUUUACUUCAGGAUGCCACUAGGUCAAAGGGGGCAGCCAUUUCUACUGUAUGUUUCACCUUAAAAUAGCCCAAGCCACUCGCUGCCCAUGAACAGGCACAUUUUGUUCAUGUUCUGGAGCAGAGUGAGCAAAUUUGGCCAAUUUAAACCUCCUGACGGUCGUAACAUCCACCGGCUUGUGCCACUUCAAACUGGUCCACAAAGAGAGCUCAUCUCUCAGUUCAGAACCAACCAAAGUUACUUGAAGACUAGCGGCUGCAUGACGUGCAAGACCAGGUAUUUCUGCUGAAGUUUACUGCA